AUGCCUCCGUCAGACUCUGGGUCAGAUUCUGGCUCAGAGGACGAUACUUCUACGUUGCCAGUCACUCAACCCCAAGCAAAAAGUAAGACGCUUGACAGCUUGAAGUUUUCCCAGUUCUUGAGAGAUCAACAAGAGAAGAUCUACAGCUCUAUAUCCAGCUCAGUUAUUAGGGACGAAGAUAAAUCCACGAAUCUGCUUGUGCGAGAGGCAGAGAGCGAAAAAAUAAUCUCUAGCCCAAGGGAAUACCAAACUGAACUAUUCGAAAGAGCUAAGCAGAAAAACAUAAUCGCCGUCCUGGAUACUGGAACCGGAAAGACGCUUAUUGCCGCUCUUCUCCUUCGCCAUACCGUCGAGCAGGAAUUAGAAGACAGAUGCGCCGGCAAGCCGCCGAGAAUAUCAUUCUUUUUGGUCGAUAAAGUUGCCUUAGUUCUUCAGCAAUAUGAAGUUCUCAAGGCAAAUCUUGAUCAUCCUGUCCAGCGAUUUUAUGGUGUCUCCGGGAACUCCAUCUUAAAUCACGACUUCUGGAAGGAGAAGACGAGUGAAGCUAUGGUUAUAGUUUGCACAGCCGAGAUACUUCUCUCGUGUCUUCAUCAUGCUUUCAUCAAGAUGGAGGGCAUCAACCUUCUAAUAUUUGAUGAGGCUCACCAUACCAAGAAGAAUCAUCCGUACGCUAGAAUCAUCAAAGAAUUUUACGCAGCACUAGAGAAAGAACAGCAACGACGCCCACGAAUUCUAGGUAUGACUGCGUCCCCCGUUGACGCCAAAACAGACCCAACGUCUGCUGCCGCCAAACUCGAGGGCCUCUUGCAUAGCGAGAUAGCGACUGUAGCAGAUAUCUCAGUCUUUACGAAAUCGUCUAUAAGUCGGCCUACCGAGAAUGUCAUCGAGUUUGGUGUGACUCCAGAGCCCUUUGAAACACCACUUUGGCAGAAAUUAUAUAAAGUGGUCGGGCACAAUGAUGCUCUGAAAAGAUUAUUCGUCUAUUCCAGGGCUUGUACUGCAGAAAUGGGUCGCUGGUGUGCAGACCGUGUGUGGAAACUAUAUUUAACCGAACAAGAAGCUCAGAGACUAGAAGCCAAGACAGAGAGGAAUUUAAUGUCCCGCAAAACACACAUUCCUAUGGCCAUUCUCGACGCUGAGAGAUCGGCAGUUCAAGACGCGUAUAAAAUACUAACGGACCAUUCACUUCCCGAACCUCAACGAAGCCCCCUAUACCUAUCCAACAAAAUCGAAUCACUUCUUAGGGCUCUCCAGAAGCAUUUAGAUCCACUUAGGGACAAGUGCAUCGUAUUCGUAGAGCAACGCCUUACUGCAUUGUUGUUGGCAGAUCUUAUCAAGCAACCGAGUUUAAAUAUGCUUGACAUAAAAGCGGGCGUACUGUUAGGAGCAGGUACCGAUUCUAGUGACUUGGGAAUGACACUGAAGGAGCAGUUUAUGACCAUGCACCAAUUCAGAAACGGCGGCUUAAAUUGUAUCUUUGCCACCAGCGUUGGCGAAGAAGGUAUUGACAUGCCUGACUGCAAUAUCAUCAUCCGAUUUGACCUUUGCAAAACGAUGAUUCAGUACAUCCAGUCGAGGGGUCGAGCUCGGCGCAAGGGCUCCAAAUUCUUCCAUAUGGUCGAGUGCACCAAUACCGCUCAAUUACAGUCCAUCUUUGACCAUGAAGACAGCGAAGCAAGGUUGCGCAGAUUUUAUAAUACAUUAUCUGAAGACCGGAUUAUUUCUGGAAAUGAUUAUAACAUUGACUAUUUCCUAUCCCAGGAGAGAAAUCACCGUGUAUACGUUGUGCCUUCGACACAAGCUAAGUUAACGUAUAAAAGCAGUCUAACAAUCUUGCUCAACUUUGUCUCAACGUUACCACGUCCUCUUGACACUGUCUAUACGCCGGAAUAUAUAAUAAGGGCCAUCGGCCGAGAAUUCGAAUGUGAAGUUCUUCUACCGGACACUUCUCCGAUUAAAGGUGCAGUAGGGCGACGUGCAGAUUCCAAGCAAGUUGCCAAGUGCUCAGCCGCUUUCGAGAUGUGUCUGAAAUUAAAGAAAAAGAAGUACCUCGACGACUACUUACAAUCUACGUUUACGAAGAAGCUCCCCGCUAUGCGUAAUGCCCACCUGGCCAUCAGUUCGAAGAAGCAAUCCGAUUAUCCCAUGCGGAUAAAGCCCGAGAUUUGGAAUAGACGAGGCCCAACAGAGAGCUUAUAUGUGACAGUUCUAAAGCUCGCAUCUCCAGAAGCAAUGGCGAGGUUUUCGAGGCCUCUGGCUAUUCUAACUAGGUAUCCGCUCCCGCAAAUAGCCAAAUUUCCACUAUUUUUCGACCAUCAGCGUACCUCAGACGUGGAAUGUAUACCUCUUCCCCGUACCUUAAAGACAACGCCCGAAGAUAUUGAGAAAGUCAAUGCAUUCACCCUCAGGGUGUUCGAUGAUGUAUUCAGUAAAGAGUACCGUUCGGAGCCAGAAAUAAUGCCUUAUUUCUUUGCACCCCUUAUAUGCCCCCACAACUUCAAUUUUACCAACACUUCUGUUGACAUUCGCGCCUUAAUCGACUGGGAAUGUCUUUCUUUCACCCAAAGUACAGCAAAAUACAUUGAAUUGGAAGAUAGGCCAGACGACUUUUUCAAAGAACGAUUUGUUAUUGACCCUCACGAUGGCUCGCGUAAAUUCUAUACGGUUUGCCGUCGUCACGACCUCAAGCCGACAGACCCAGCACCGCCGGGUGCUUGCAAGAAUCAGGCUGGUAUGAAAGCUACUCGAAACGCGCCCAACGAUAUUUGGAAUUUCAGUAUUAGCUUGUGGUCUAAAUCACGUUCUAGAUUAACAAUUCGGCACGACCUGCCUGUCAUAGAGGCCGAGUAUAUUCCACUGCGACGGAAUCUCCUCGAUGAACUAGACAAAUCUUAUGAUAUGGAACGAAAGUGUUUCCUCGUCUUUGAAACCUUGAAAUUAUCUGUCCUACCGGUCGAUGUGGUUGCCAUGGCUUACAAUCUACCUGCAAUAAUAUACCGACUUGAAACUAAUCUGAUUGUACUGGAAGCUUGCAAGUCUCUGGCCUUAGACAUACGUCCCGACCUUGCUCUCGAGGCGAUGACCAAAGAUAGCGACAACACAGAAGAGCAUUCGGAAGAGCAGAUAAAUCUUCAGCGAGGCAUGGGGACAAAUUACGAGCGUCUUGAAUUUCUUGGUGAUUCGUUCUUAAAGAUGAGCACAACAAUUGCUCUGUUCUCCCGGAUCCCUGAUAGCGACGAAUUUCAGUACCACGUCGACCGCAUGCUACUAAUUUGCAACAAGAACCUCUUUAACAACGCGCUUGACCUGGGGUUACAAGAGUCAAUUCGAUCUAAAGGUUUCAACAGACGGGCGUGGUAUCCUGAUGGGCUUGUUUUACUGAAGGGAAAGCAGAAUACUAGCCUCAGGGCAAAGGACGACAAAGGAACCCAUAUGCUCGGGGACAAGUCAAUUGCUGAUGUAUGCGAGGCGCUAAUUGGGGCAGCUUACUUGACGACGUAUGAACAGCAUAACUUCGACAUGGCUAUCCAGGCCGUUAGCAAGUUCGUCAAUCAUCAAAAUCAUAAGCUGAUGAAGUACGAAGAUUAUUACGCAGAGUAUAACAUCCCUGAGUGGCAAAGCGCCGAGUCAACGGCAGUUCAACGUGAAGUGGCUAGGCAGAUCGAAAAGAAGCUUGGUUACAAAUUUACCUAUCCCCGUUUACUACGCAGUGCAUUUAUGCACCCGUCAUACGGUACUAUGUACGAGCGCAUCCCAAACUACCAGCGAUUGGAGUUUCUCGGAGAUGCGCUACUCGACAUGAUCUGUGUUGACUUCCUCUUCCAUCGGUAUCCAAAUGCGGAUCCCCAAUGGCUGACCGAACACAAGAUGGCGAUGGUAUCAAAUCAAUUUCUGGGCUGCCUCUGUGUCUCCCUUGGCCUACAAACGCACAUGCUCUCCGUGUCUGGAGGGUUACAGAGAGAAAUCACGGAAUACGUGGCUGUUAUAACAGAAGCCCAGCGGAUAGCAGAAGAGGAGGCCGAAUCGGCCAACCUCGGACGCGCUUCUUAUGCAAAGAAUUUCUGGGUUGAGGUUCAAAAGCCGCCUAAGUCACUCCCUGAUAUUGUGGAGGCGUACGUUGGUGCUCUUUUUGUCGACAGCAAGUACGACUACAGUCAAGUCCAGCGAUUCUUCAACACACACAUGCGACCAUACUUCGAGGAUAUGCACAUCUACGAUACGUUCGCUAACCGACACCCUGUGACUUUCUUAGCGAACAUGUUGCAGCUUCACUUCCACUGUGCGAACUGGCGCCUUAUGAUCGAAGAAAUUUCCGGCGAGAGCAGUCCAUUAGGCCACGCACAGGUACUAUGCGGCGUCAUAAUUCACGGUCAAGUCCGAGAGCACGCCGUCGCUGCCAGUGGCCGUUACGCCAAGAUUGCGGCGGCUAAGAAGAUUAUGAGUACUUUAUUAGAGGUAAGCGUGGAGGAGUACAAGCAGAGAUUUGGAUGUAGCUGCUCCCCUGAGGAAGUUGAGGCUUCGGGUAUCCAAGAGCAUGCUACAGCUGUUUGAGGAGAAAUCAGGGGAGAUAUACUUCACGGGUGUUUUGCAAUGCUGGUUACUAGGUAGUUCACGUUUCGUUCGCUAUCUUGUGGUACGUGUAGAUAGAGAUUGCGCUAUAGUUCUGGCUCUAAAAUCGAUAGU